UGGACUCGCUUUCCCAGAGGGCCCAGCUGGCUCGCGGGCCAUUGGCUGAGCGGGGCGGAUCUGGUCCCGCUCCUCCCCGCCCCCAGUGACACAAUAGCAGCUCCCUCCAAGAUGGCGGCGGCGACGGCUGACCCGGGAGCUGGGAGCCCGCAAGCUGGAGACUCCUCGGGUGGGGGCGCUGGGGGCGGGCUGCCGUCCCCCGGAGAGCAGGAGCUGAGCCGGCGCUUGCAGCGGCUAUACCCUGCGGUCAAUCAGCAUGAGACUCCGUUGCCGCGCUCCUGGAGCCCCAAGGACAAGUACAACUACAUUGGCCUCUCCCAGGGCAACCUCCGUGUCCACUACAAAGGUCAUGGCAAAAAUCACAAAGAUGCAGCCUCAGUGCGUGCCACUCACCCCAUACCUGCUGCUUGUGGCAUUUAUUACUUUGAGGUGAAAAUUGUCAGCAAAGGAAGAGAUGGGUAUAUGGGGAUAGGACUCUCAGCUCAAGGCGUCAACAUGAACAGACUUCCUGGUUGGGACAAACAUUCCUAUGGUUACCACGGCGAUGAUGGGCAUUCCUUCUGCUCCUCAGGGACAGGCCAGCCCUAUGGUCCCACAUUCACUACAGGAGAUGUGAUUGGCUGCUGCGUAAACCUCAUCAAUGGCACCUGCUUCUACACCAAGAAUGGCCACAGCCUUGGUAUAGCCUUCACAGACCUUCCAGCCAAUCUCUACCCCACUGUAGGCCUGCAAACACCUGGGGAGAUUGUGGAUGCCAACUUUGGGCAGCAGCCCUUCCUGUUUGACAUUGAGGACUACAUGAGGGAGUGGCGUACCAAGGUCCAGGGCACUGUCCACUGCUUCCCCAUCAGUGCCCGGCUUGGCGAGUGGCAGGCAGUGCUGCAAAACAUGGUCUCAUCUUACCUGGUGCAUCAUGGGUAUUGUGCCACAGCCACCGCUUUUGCCAGAAUGACUGAAACCCCGAUUCAGGAAGAACAAGCAUCCAUAAAGAACAGACAAAAGAUCCAGAGGCUGGUGCUCGAAGGCCGUGUGGGUGAGGCCAUUGAGACCACACAACGCUUCUACCCAGGGCUGCUGGAACACAACCCCAACCUGCUCUUCAUGCUCAAGUGCCGACAGUUUGUGGAGAUGGUGAAUGGGACCGACAGUGAGGUCCGCAGCUUGAGCUCCCGAAGCCCCAAGUCCCAGGACAGCUACCCUGGCUCCCCCAGCCUCAGCCCCCGACACGGCCCCAGUAGUUCCCACAUGCACAACACAGGAGCAGAUAGCCCCAGUUGUAGCAAUGGUGUUGCAUCGACCAAGAGCAAACAGAAUCACAGUAAAUACCCUGCACCCAGCUCAUCAUCAUCAUCUUCCUCAUCCUCGUCCUCCUCGUCCCCAUCCUCUGUCAACUACUCCGAGUCUAAUUCAACAGAUUCCACCAAGUCCCAGCACCACAGCAGCACCAGUAACCAGGAGACCAGCGACAGUGAGAUGGAGAUGGAGGCAGAGCAUUACCCCAAUGGUGUACUUGAGAGCAUGUCCACACGCAUUGUCAAUGGUGCCUACAAGCAUGAGGAACUGCAGACAGAUGAAUCCAGCAUGGAUGACGGGCAUUCUCGGCGGCAGCUGUGUGGGGGCAACCAGGCUGCCACAGAAAGGAUUAUCCUGUUUGGCCGUGAGUUGCAGGCACUGAGUGAGCAGCUGGGCCAAGAGUAUGGCAAGAAUUUGGCUCAUACAGAGAUGUUGCAGGAUGCCUUUAGCCUGCUGGCAUACUCAGAUCCCUGGAGCUGCCCAGUUGGUCAGCAGCUUGACCCCAUCCAGAGGGAGCCUGUGUGUGCAGCUCUCAACAGCGCCAUUUUAGAGUCUCAGAACCUGCCAAAGCAGCCCCCUUUAAUGCUCGCCCUGGGCCAGGCAUCUGAAUGUCUACGGCUUAUGGCCCGAGCAGGCCUGGGAUCUUGCUCCUUUGCCAGAGUUGACGACUACUUGCACUAGCUGACUACACUGGCAGGCCCUGCCUGGCCCUCCCUCGGCCUCAGAGCUGGAGCAGCCCUGUCUGGAGGCAUCUGGCAUAGGGACCUAGAAGCCAUGGGCAGAGUCCACUCCUCCUGCUUGGCCUCUCCCCCAUCAUCCCCUCUUUCUUUCCCUUCUUUCCUUCCUUCCAUCCUUUCUUGAUUCUCUUCCUCUUCCCUCUUUUCUUUCAGCCUUCUUUUUUCUCCUUACCUUUUGUCCCAUCCUUCCUUUCCUCCCUCCCUCCCUCUUACCUUCUCCCUUCUUUCCCUCAUGCCCUUUCUCAUUCUUUCUUCUCUUCACAUGCAGUGGCCUGUGACACAGUAUUGGCUGGUUACUCUCAUGUAGCGCCUUCUACUUUGAAAAGGGGGGAGGGUGUUUGAUUUGAGGAAGGGUUAGGGUUUUUAAUUUUUUUUUCCUUCUGACUGAGCCACCAGUAUUUAUCUCUGGAGAGUUUGUGCUGAGCUGGUUUCUGCUAAUUUAGUGAUGAAGUCUAUCCAAGUUGAUGAUAGCUUAUUAUUUUCAUAAGUAAAAAAAAUGAGAUGAUAUAUAUAAAUAUAUAUUAAAAAAAAGACACAGUAUUUAUCAUAGUGUUAGUGGUCCAGCACCUCUUGGGUGAGGCUGUCCAGACAUCGUAUGUUUUUAUUUGAGUCCAACUCAUUAAAAACGAAUUAUCUUUGUCACCUCAGCCAAAUGAUUUAUUUCAGACUUCUCCUUCAUUGAGCCACAGGCCCAGCUGCAGCCUAGGAAAGCCAGAUAAGAUGGGGUGAGGGUGGAGGUUACUUAGUGGGCUGGUUAGACUAAGCUGGUUUACAGCAUCAUAAGUAGCAUGGGGCCCAUGGCUCCUAAAAGCUGGACUAAGUAGAAGUGAUAAGUUGGCCCAGGGCUACAUAGCAAAGCAAGGGAGUAGAGGGUCUGUGGCCAGCACAUUUUCUACCAUUCUACCCUGCCUCUUUCCUAUCUCUUCCCUUUUCAAUGUCUUGCCUUCCCUUAUUUUUAAGAUGGCCAAAUAAUUCACUUACUCUAAGUUGAUUGCCUGGAAACUACCUGCCUUCGACUCAAGAGCUGCUGUAUGUCAGGCUACAGGGAGGAACCCUCCAUUCCCAGGACAGAGGCCCUUGAGUACAGAGCUGUCUUCUUCCUGCCUGCAUCUUCACUGUCUGCAUAGAUCUGAUGGAACCGAUGCUUUCUGUUGGGAAACUAGGACUUUGUGGAGGCAGACUCUUGGGCCGCCGGUCACUUGAAGUGGAUGAAACCCAUGUCCCCCUAUGCCAGGCAUCAUUGCACCAUGCCAGGCAGCUCCCUGCAACUUUGCCAACAACCACUCUGAGGAAAGACUGUUUUGAGUAUUUGCUGACCAGAUGAAGGGACUUCGUGAGCUUUACACAUGUUGUUCCAGCCUUUUCAGAUGGUUCCUUGCAGCUGGUGGGACAGCAACAGUCCUGGCGCUGCAGUCAGAGAAUCAGGAGAGAAAGGGCCGAGAUGUCUGCUAGGACGCAGGCAAGCCAUUUGUGGAGAAAACUGACUGCCCUGGAGGAGGAAAUUGAGGUGGUCAAUCCAGAGGAGCACCAGGAGGGAUUGGGAGAUCCCCACCUGCUUCACAGCUUUCAGAGAGAGUUGGGGGGGGGGAGAGAGAGUGUGUGUGUAUGUGUGUGUGUGUAAAGGGGUGGGCACAGACAGCCCUUAUGAAUGAGGUCAAGGUCAGAAGUUGAACUUCCAAUUGUUGCCUAGAGAUGUGGGUGAAGCAAGCUCCUGCUCUGUGAGUGGACACAGACAUGGUUGGUACGGCCCAUGCUCUUCAGUGUCCACCACGCCCCUCCAGACCUACAAUACAGCUGGACAAUGAGAGAAGAAGUGAUUAUGUCGGGCCUUCUGCUGGUGAUGGGGUCAGGACUCUGGCCCUUUGCAUCCCCGAGUUCAGAACUAGGUUGUUGCCUUUUCUUGGUCCCCACCCAGAGUCAAAGCUGGCAGCCUGCAAACCAUCAGGGAGGUGUUGUCCUCUCUAUAUAGGAAACAGCCUGUGCAGGGUUGGAGAUAUCUAACUCUUAGACCAGAGGUUGGAAACAUCACACUAUGAAAAUAGUCAACGCCUAGCAGGAUUGAUGUGUUAAAACCAGACGCUUUUGUAUUAGAAUGGGGUUCAGAGAACAUCUACUCCAUCAGUCCUUUCCUUGUACAGGUAAGGAAACAGGCCUAGGAGAUUGAGUGGCUUGACCAAAGUCACACAGCAAAUUAGCGUUAGAAGUAGGAUUAACCUCAACCCACAGGGUUGAGGAACACAACUUAGUCCUAAAGCUGAAUGGUGGGUGAGAGGUUAGAUCUGCAAGGCCCCUAGCAGAGUCUGAGCAGCUAGUACCUUCAGGGGUGUAUCAGGGAUGGGGAUGGGUGCCUGGGCUUGAUUUGUGGAGCCACUGAGAGAGGGCCCAGAAGGGCUUAAGACAGCUAUGUGCUGCUUCGGGUUGGGUGUCUGCCUGGCUCACACUCAGUACCCAUGGCCACCUCCUCAUUUUCUGUGCCUUAUCUCACUGUUUCAGCUGAGUCCAAGUUGUUUACUUUGUUCCUCUCAAGAGGGGCUCUCAGUUGUCCCAGAUGGACAGCUUACCUUCGGGACAUAAGCCUUUGCCCCACAAACCGUGGAGAGGACUAAAACCAAGCUGCUUGAGCCUACUGUCAUGCUGAUAGUCCAGGCCUGUCUGCCAGCCAGAAGAACUGCUUAUGUGCAUCCAGUCCUCCCAGCCUGCUUCUUAGAGCCUUGAGUGGGGAAGGCGCUGGGAAGGAGCCCUGGAGAAAAACUGAACCUAACAUAUGGGGCAGCAGGAAGACCUGGCUCUGUUGGGUUGCUCAGCUCUGGGGUACAACCUUCCUAUUUAUCUCUUCCCCUUGUGGCACCAAAUGGUCACUUUUGCAGAGCAGAGAGUGGCAGACCACACAGAAAAAGUCAGAACCCCUCAUCUGCUUGAGUUUGUGGCUGGGUUAGGACAGGGACACUGAGAGAUGGAGAAGUGGGGACUUCCCAGCCACCCAGCAUCUUCCUCCCCCUUAAGCACAAAAAAGGUGAGGCAGAAAAACUGGCAAGAGCUGAAAGUUUCUUUGGUUGCUCACAACUCAGGUAUGCAUGCCAUGUGGCAGCCAGGCAGCAGAGCCCUACUUGACCGCUGGUCUCUGCACCCAGACCUGUGGUCAGACCAUGAGCUCAGGCUGCUUCAGGCGCCAUCUCUUCACAUAAGUUUUUCCUCCAUUAGUAACUACAGCUGAGACUGACAUCCUCCACAGUGUGCACACUGGUUCUGCCAUUGUCCUCGCAAGUUGAUAUACUUGGCAUUAGCAUGAAACUUGUGGGCAUGGGAGGGUUUAGAGAGAAUUCUAACAAAACAUCCUAUUAAAUCGUACUUGAGAAAUGAAAGAAAAAAAAAGUCCUGUUGUAUUUUGACAGAAUUAUUUUUAUUAAAAUACACAUUCAUGAGCAA